CCCUCCCCCCGUCUUUCUCUCCCUCCUCCCAUCCCCUCCUCCUCUCCUUCUGCCUCGUCUUCCCCUUUCUCCCAGAUUAAUUAAGGAGGCAGCGGCGGGAGGCUGAGUCCUGGCCGGGAGAGAGCUGGGGCCGGGGCGCCGGUGGGCAGGAGUGCUUGGGGAUCCUCCGAGGUGACUAUGGCCCUGAUGGGGAAACACUUUGAUGGUCCCGCCAAUGCCUCCGGACCCGAUCGCUGGAGCACCAUGUUUCCCCGCAAAGAUGAGAUCAUCACCAGCCUUGUGUCUGCCUUAGAUUCAAUGUGCUCCGCACUCUCCAAACUAAAUGCAGAGGUGGCCUGUGUAGCAGUCCAUGAUGAGAGCGCCUUCGUGGUGGGGACCGAGAAGGGGAGAAUCUUUCUGAACUCAAGGAAGGAGCUGCAGACUGAUUUCCUCCGAUUCUGCCGAGGGCAUCAGAGAAAAGAACCCGAGGUGGAAAUCCCCAGGAAGGCCCGAGAAUGCAACCGGAACGCUCAGCGGGUCUCCCCAGACCAGGGCUCGGACGUCUACCUCCUGAGGAAGAUGGUGGAAGAGGUCUUUGAUGUCCUUUAUAGUGAGGCCCUGGGCAAGGCCAGCGUUGUCCCCGUGCCCUACGAGAAGCUGUUGAAGGAGCCUGGCUCGCUGGCCGUGCAGGGGCUGCCCGAUGGCCUGGCCUUCCGCAAGCCCUCAGACUACGACCUCAAAGCUCUCAUGGCGAUCCUAGAGCAGAGCCACCGAAUCCGCUUCAAGCUCAAGAGGCCCCCAGACGACAAUGGACGGGACUCCAAGUCCAGCGUGGAGCUAAACUGUGUCUCUCUGUUGCCUAAGGGGCCCCGGGACCCCGGCCUCAAUGCCCAGGCCCCCAAGCCUGCUUCCCAGGACCUUUCAGCCUCCUCAGCAGCCAUGACCAAUUUCUUGUACAAUGUCUCCCUACCCAACCACGUCACCAUGGACCUCAAGCAGGAGGGCCUGACCAGCCUGCCCACCGCCACCGACCUCCUCCUGGCUCGCCCUGGCGGAGAGCCCAAGACUCCAGGUGCCCAGGACUUCCCUGACUGCUGUGGACAGAAAUCAUCAGUUUCGGGUGGGCCACUCAUCCAAAAUGUCCAUGCAUCUAAGCGGAUCCUCUUCUCUAUCGUCCAUGACAAAACAGAGAAAUGGGACAGUUUUAUAAAAGAAACCGAAGACAUCAACACCCUGAGGGAGUGUGUGCAGAUCCUGUUUAACAGCAGAUAUGCCGAAGCCCUGGGCUUGGACCACAUGGUCCCCGUCCCCUACAGGAAGAUCGCUUGUGACCCCGAGGCCGUGGAAAUCGUGGGCAUCCCGGACAAAAUCCCCUUCAAGCGGCCCUGCACUUACGGCGUUCCUAAGCUGAAGCGCAUUCUGGAGGAGAGACACAGCAUCCAUUUUGUUAUCAAAAGGAUGUUUGACGAGAGAAUCUUUACAGGAAGCAAAUUUACCAAAGACCCCACCAAACUGGAGCCGGCCAGUCCAUCCGAGGACACCUCAGCAGAAGCCCCGCGGAUGGUCGUCCUAGAUCUGGCUGGGACGUCACAAGCCAGGUUGGACAAAUGCAGCAUAGCCGAAGACUGCGAGCCAGGGACCUCAGGGGAGCUGAGCGGACUGAGGCAUAUCAAAAUUGAGCCAGACGAUCUCGACAUCAUUCAGGUCACCGUCCCAGACCCUUCGCCCACCUCUGAUGAAAUGCACGACCCUGUGACCGGACAUCUUCCCUCGGAGGAGUCCAGCUACAUCCUCGAGACUAUGGAAGAUAAAGGGCAUGGUGAGGACCCUCGGCACGAAGAGAAGCAGGUGGAAGAUGGCAUUGGUGACGUCAUACGGCAUCUACGGAAGCAAGUGGAGACGCUUUUCAACACACGAUAUGCCAAAGCCAUUGGCAUUUCAGAGCCGGUCAAAGUCCCCUACUCUAAAUUCCUGAUGUACCCAGAAGAACUCUUUGUCGUGGGGCUGCCCGAGGGCAUCUCCCUCCGGAGGCCUAACUGUUUUGGGAUCGCCAAGCUCCGGAAAAUCCUGGAGGCCAGCAGCAGCAUCCACUUUGUCAUUAAGAGGCCUGAACUCCUUGCAGAAGGGAUCAAAGAGACAGCCACUGACAGCCCUGGGACCCUAGAGAGAGAUUCCGGGGACUCCUUGGCAGACGAGACUGUAAAAAGACAGGGGUUUCAAGAAAAUUACGAUGCCAGGCUCUCGCGGAUAGACAUCGCAAACACACUGAGAGAACAAGUCCAGGAUCUGUUCAAUAAAAAAUAUGGGGAAGCCCUGGGCAUCAAGUACCCUGUCCAAGUCCCCUACAAGCGCAUCAAGAGCAACCCUGGUUCUGUGAUCAUUGAGGGGCUCCCCCCUGGGAUCCCCUUCCGGAAACCCUGUACCUUUGGCUCCCAGAACUUGGAGAGGAUCCUCGCGGUGGCCGACAAGAUCAAGUUCACGGUUACCAGGCCUUUCCAAGGACUUAUCCCCAAACCGGCCCCUAGACGGAGUACAGCCUUGGGAAAAGCUUACGCUCCUACUCAUGGGAAUCCCAGUGAGGAAGAUCCUUCCACCAGCAGAGAUCGCCACCUGUUCUCCAGUCCUAGAGAAUUACCUGAAGCACGGAGAGAUGAAGAUGAUGCCAAUCGACUUGGGGAGAAGGUGAUUCUCCGGGAGCAAGUGAAGGAGCUGUUCAAUGAAAAAUACGGUGAGGCCCUGGGCCUGAAUCGCCCCGUGUUGGUCCCUUACAAGCUGAUCCGGGACAACCCUGAUGCGGUGGAGGUCACAGGCCUGCCAGACGACAUCCCUUUUAGGAACCCCAAUACCUACGACAUCCACCGGCUUGAGAAGAUCCUGAAGGCCCGGGAACACGUGCGAAUGGUCAUCCUCAGUCAGCUGCAACCUUUUGCUGAAAUAUGUGGAGAAGCCAAGCAGCCAGUGAAAGACAACGGCGUCCCCAAACGAAAGCGGAAGCGAGUCUCGGAAGGGAAUUCUGUCUCUUCUUCCUCCUCAUCCUCUUCCUCUUCCUCAUCUAAUCUGGAGUCCACGGCCUCGACCAAUCAGAUUUCACUUGUGCAGUGGCCAAUGUACAUGCUGGACUACGGUGGUCUGAACGUGCACAUUCCAGGACCCAUUAACUACUAGACCUCAACGCUGACUCAGAACCUCAGACAGAAAGAAUAAAUACGUGUAAUUUAUGUAAAAAGUGUAUAUCCGGAUAUGUAUCGAUGCCUUUUAGUUUUUCCAAUGAUUUUUACACUAUAUUCCUGCCUUUUUAAAUAAAAAGAAAGUGUUGCCUUG